AUGGCGAAAAAAAAGAAUGAUAACAAAAAGAAAAAUAAAAAUAAGCAAAAUGCAAAGAAAAAUAACAAACAAAAUGAAAAAUCUUCUAUCAACGAUACAAUUCCGCAAAAUGACGAUGUUGCGACCUCGGUUAACAGUAAUUCGGAUAAAAGUUUAAAUAUUAACAGCGACCCUAUUGUUGUAAAAGAUUUAGAGCCUAUUGCUACCGCUGCUAACAGUAAUUCCAACGAAAAUUCUAAUAUUGUCAAUAACUUCGUGCAACAAAACUCAAGGUCUGAUAGUGAUGAUGAUAAUCUUAAUUCAGAGCAAAAUUCAGAUGCCAUUGGCAAUUCUAAAGAUAGUUCUAACGAUAAGCAAGACUUAAAUUCUACUCUUUGCAAUGAUGCUUCUAAGCAAAACUCAAGGUCUGUUA